CGGUUCAGUGACCUCCCGGUGCUUUCCACUCGUGCCGUGAGUUUGCAGUGCUCAGCACCACGUGUCUUUUCUCUCUCCAUCGCAGCGAUGUCAGCCAACAACGCGGCACCGGCACGAAAAGAGCUGCAGCAGAACGUGGUGGGGAGGGUGGCCAGCCUGCCCUUGGUGAGCUCUGCCUGCAGCAUCGUGUCCAGUGCCUACAGCUCCACCAAGGAGAGCCAUCCCUACGUCCGUUCCGUGUGUGAUGCUGCUGAGAAGGGGGUGAGGACUCUGACAGCAGCAGCCUUCAGUGGGGCGCAGCCCAUCCUCACCAAGCUGGAGCCACAGAUAUCCACUGCUAAUGAAUACGCGUGCAAAGGGCUGGAUAAGCUGGAGGAGAAGCUGCCCAUCCUGCAGCAGCCCACUGAGAAGGUGGUGGCAGGGACCAGGCAGUUGGUGUUGUGCACAAUGAUGGGCGUGCGGGAAGCAGCGAGCAGUGCUAUGGGAAUGGCCUAUGGGGCCGUGAAGGGCAGAGUGGAGAAGACACGGAGGAUGCUGAGCUGCAGCGUUGGCACUGUUGUGGGCACACAUCUGGGUCAGCUGCUGGCAAACGGAACCGACACAGUGCUGGAGAAGUCGGAGGAGCUGGUGGAGCAUUACUUGCCUGGGGUGGAUGAGGAGCCAGCAGGUGGCACCGAGGUGACCUCGAGGGAGCAGCGGCGGAGGCGGCAGAGCUGCAUGGUGCGCGUGGGCUCACUUUCAGCCAAGCUGAAGCACCGCGCGCUGCGGAGGUCCUUGGGUGAGCUGCAAUGGGCCCAGCACAGUGCACAGCAAGCCCUCAGCCGCCUGCACCGCAUCAUCGAGCUGAUCCAGCAGGGCCGGCACGGCGUGGACGGCUCAUUGCACAGCGCCCGGCAGCACCUGCACCGCAUGUGGCUGGAGUGGAGCCUGCAGGAUGAUGCACCCAUGGAGGACAAGCAAGUGGAGGUGAGGACCAUGGCCAUGCUGCGAGGGCUCCUGAGGCAGCUGCGGGCUGCUUGCGCCCACCUCCCCAUCCGAGGGCUGCCGAGCGGCGUGCAGGACACAGUGGGGCACGUGAGGCACGGCGUGGAAGGAUUGCACAGCUCCCUAUCCCGUGCUUGUUCCUUCCACGACCUGUCAGGCAUGGUGCUGGAGCAGAGCCGGCAGCGCGUGCUGCAAGCGCAGCUGAGCAUCGAUGAGCUCCUGGAAUACGUGGGGCAGCACGCAGCCCUGCCGUGGAUUGUGGGACCUUUUGCUCCCGUCCUGGUGGAAUACCCGGAGGAUUGUCCCAUCGAGAUGGCUAAAUGGAAUGGGUGUGUUUGUGUGGGGCACGGGGUGAGCACUGUGCCUGGUGACUGCGUAGAAAGAAGCCAAUCCCAAUGGGGCCAGCAGCAGGAUGGAUUCGAUGACCUGGUGUGGGAUCUGUGAUGCAAGCAAGGGGAUGGUGGCACGUGGAAAAAAAACCCCAGAUGGCAUCAGGAUUCCUUAUCUUAGCAGCUUUCCGAGCACGCCAAAGAGAGAAAAACAAACCAAACAAUCCCGACCCAUCGCUCUGUGCCUCACAUUGAGUUGGGGGAGGGAGGGGGGGGACACGUAGAGCCGGGUUCGGCUCCAUCCGGUGCGGAGGUGGCCGAAUGUCCCCGGACUGUGCCCCGCCGUCGGGUGGCAGCGGACUUCGGCCCCGUUAUCACCGUCUCCGCUUCCCACGGUGCGC